AUGGACACUUCAGAUCCCUCUUUGCCGCCGAUGGGCGCAGCUUUACCCGCAUCAUUAGCUUUCCGCAAAAAUGUGGUGUGCUACACCAGCGAUGCGAGUACCGUUGUGGAGUUUUUGCAAACCUUGCAGCUUCCAUACAGCAUUUGGGAUGACUACGAUUGUAUAGAGGCGAAAAGUAAACCCGAAACCGGUAUGGUGUUGGUUUUGCCCAACGUGGAUAAGACGCUUGCCUUGCAACAAGAUAAACUAGCCAAGUACUUGCAAGUCAUGCGGUCUCAAGAUACGCCGUUUUUCACUGCCAUUGCUACUGUUUCGCCGGGCUUUGUACCUUACGCACACAUGACCGCAUAUUUGAAGCGUCAGUUCUGGUUUGCGUGUGCUGAACCUAGGCCUCAGGACUUAGUGGAACUUUCCGAGGACGAAAUAGAGCCGCUAAAGGUUACGCUACGCCAGGUCCACGUGCAUCCGUCAGUCAGGCGUUAUGUGCUCGACAUUAUCGUUCAUCUACGAAUUCAUAGAUUCGCCAAACAAGCUUCCGGAGGUGGCUGUUCUACACGUGCUUUGGGUGAUAUGCUUGAGCUUUGCCAAACAUUGGCUUUGGCUCAGGAUCGAAGUUUCGUAAUACCCGACUUGGUGAAACUAGCGUCUGAGUGGUAUUUCCCGUUUCACUUGGAGCUAAUUCAGGAUCCGCGCCACGAGAUAUCUCUACAAUUUGGAUCCGAUCCUGACUUAGUAACGCAACUCAUUGACAAGCUGCAUAGCUUUUCGCUGCAGAGAACCCAAGAGACUCAAUAUCCGCUCUACUUCCAGUACAUGGUACUCAGGGACGUGCUAGAAAAAAUUGUUCCCGCAAUCUAG